GAUCGAACAGUUCAGGCCUCUGCAGUCCGUUGGAUUUGGUCAGGCCAUGCGGGCCCCACCAACCAUCCAUCAACUAACGCCGUCAAACGCGCCGCCAAUUCUCACUGCCGCCUCCCCCUUCAAGGCUUCACCUGCUACCCCUUCAAAUCCUCGUCAAGUCUCAACGGUCCUUAAAAUUCCCAAGUCAACAGAUUCAUUCUCUCUCUUUCUGUUCAACAUGUCCGUAGUACCGACGACGCGCCCUACUCUCCGGCAGCCGAGAGCCAGUGCCUCAAGUGACGGGUCACGUGACCGGCCAACGGCUUCGCCCAAAGUUUCAAUUUUGGCCUUCAGACCCAGAGCGCCAAGCUCUUCAAAUUCCCCGGUAUUCUCCCGUAAAUUUGAUGAAAUCCGGGGGCGGAUUACUGCGCUGAGUGCUUUGAGCCAGGAAGGGUCGCUGCAGGAGGUGGAUGAUUCACCGGUCAUGGUGGCGCUUGCGCCCAUUUCCAGCGAGACCCAGUUCGAUCGGGUGGUUGCCCAGGCCCAGCAGCUCGACGAAUCGUUUGUUGUCGUUUGGGUGGCAACCUGGUGCAGAAAAUGUAUAUAUUUGAAGCCAAAAUUGGAGAAGCUGGCAGCUGAGUACUAUCCGAGAUUGAAGUUCUAUUCUGUUGAUGUCAAUUCAGUUCCACACAAACUCGUUAAACGUGCUGACGUCACUAAGAUGCCAACUAUACAGUUGUGGAAAGACGGCAAGAAGCAAGCUGAGGUUAUCGGUGGUCACAAAGCACAUUUAGUCAUUAACGAAGUUCGUGAAAUGAUUGAAAACGAGGAUAGCAUGUAAGGUUCAGUACAAGGGAGAAAUUUUUCGUACUUUUUUUCCCUAACUUAUUUUAUACAUAAGGUUCAGUAGAAGCCUACAAGGGACAUGAAUAUCCGUUCUGUAAUUUUUUUUUUACACAAAUAUAAAUAAUACCAGUUUUGGGGAAGAGAAUAAAUUGAAAAUUGGUUCA